AUAACUCGUAAUCAUUAUGCCUCAACAUCUCCCUUUCUUCCGUCCACCGACCCUCGGGAAAGCAAGAGAAACAUUGAGAAAAGGAAAGGCGGCAUCAUCCAGGAGGCAUACCAAUGGGUCCUGAAACACGAGGGUUUCAAGGGCAUACAACGUGACGAUAGGUGCCGACUUCUCUGGAUUAGGGGCGAUGCUGACAAGGGUAAGACCAUGCUAGUGUGUGGCAUUAUCGACGAGCUACUGAAACAACCAAACCAUUAUUCAUUCUCUUUCUGCCAGAACAUGGACUCACAAUCGAAUCACGCUAUAGCUGUCUUGGAAGGCUUAGCACGUGGCUUGGUUCAAAGACAUCCUAACUUGUCCCAUUAUUUCGAAAUAUCACAUGGAUAUCCUGUUGACCAGCUGCCUGAGGGUCUUAGUGGUUUCCGCGAACUUGAAGGCUGGUUUGCUAAUAUGCUCAGGGACCUUAUUUUGAGGAACUGCCACUUGGUUAUCGACGCUUUGGACGAGUGCAUUAAGGAACGGCUGAUGUGUGUAUCUUCAGUGGCGACCUUGAACCUGCAGAAGGAAGAGGGUUAUAUUGACCAAGCUAUUAGGGAAUUCGUUCACCGCAAGCUCCUGCCUAUGCUGUUGUUCUAG